GAAGGCCUUGUAUGGUCUGCGCCAGGCACCGCGUGCCUAGUACAAGCGGUUGAAGGGUGUGCUAGAGACAACAGGGUAUCAAGUGUCCACUAAUGACCCAGCUCUGUUCCACAAGCUGAAUCCAAAAGCAGUGUUUGCUUCAGUGCAUGUGGAUGACAUCCUGUCUGAAUCUGCAUCCCUAGAUGAGGUGCAGGAUUUGAAGUCAGCGCUGCGCAAGGUGUUUGACAUCGCGGACAUGCGCGAUGCUAAGCACUACCUGGGGAUGGAGGUGUUGUGUGAUCGUAAGCGGCUUAUGCUCAAGCUAUCUGAGCGUCAGGCCAUUGUUGAGCUGUUGAAGAGGUGGCAGAUGACAUACUGUGCACCCAAGGCAACAGCUCUGGGCGUCGGUUUCCAAGCAACCAAGGCUAGUAAGGCACUAAGGGCCGUAGAGCUCAAGCACAAUCAGGAGCUGGUGGGCUCGCUGAACUAUCUCGCCAACUGCACUAGGCCAGACAUUGCCCAAGCCGUGGGAUUACUGUCCAGAUUCUUGAAUGCACCAAGUACAGAGCAUUCAACCGCUUCCAAGAGUGUGCUGCGUUACCUAGCAGGCACCAAGGAUCUGGGGAUUCUAUACUCUGGAAGUGACACAACCAUGAAGGGGUUCUGUGAUGCAGAUUUUGAUGGGGAUCUUGACAGCAAGCGCUCAACCACAAGCUAUAUGCUCCUGGUGAAUGGUGGAGCUAUGAGUUGGAGCUCAAGGCUGCAGAAGACAGUGGCUCUCUCUGCCAUGGAUGCAGAGAUCAUGACUUUCACCAGCGGUGCAAGUGAGGGGCUGUGGCUGGAGUAGCUACGGGCUGAUUAUGGGCUGUCAAAGGCACCUGUCUCGAUGUUCAGUGACAGCCAAUCAGCUAUUGCUAUGCUCAAGAAUCCUAUCGUGCAGAGUAGGGCAAAGCACAUUGAUGUGCGCUACCACUUUGUGCGUGAGCGUGUGGAGAUGCAGGAGAUCAGUGUGUCUUAUAUCUCUACUAAGGAUAUGAUGGCUGAUAUUCUCACCAAGCCGCUACCUGCUAACAGCUUUGUGGCAUGCAGGGCAGGGAUGGGCAUCAAGUGAGCAUCUAUGAGACAAUUCAUGCAAGUUGACGGCACUGGUCGUGUAGAGCCUGUCGUGUUGGUCCCCGGUGGCUGGGAUUGAAGCAUGAUUAAGAGGCUAUUGAUUUGCUAAUGUUAUAGGAAGGAAUUCCAUGCGGUCCACGCAUGGUGUGUAGUCCACCCAUGUGACAGGUGAACUGAAUGAUCCUUUCCGCGUGGGAGUGUUAAGAUACGAUAUAGGACGGCAAGGACUAUUCAGUAUCGUUGAUUGUACAUCUGUCUUCCGUGGAAGACAUUGCGUGAGUGACAUGUGUCGGUACUUCCGUGACACGUUGCCGGAAGUUUGUCGACAUUCUUACUCUUCUAUUGUGUUCCGUAACUCUCCCUAUAUAAGGCUAGUUCUCUGGUGACAUUGUCAAGUGUUCCAAUACUGUAAGCUCUAAGUUCAACAUAUUUUUUUGAUGAUAGUAAAAGACAGAAAGUAGUGGAUGUUUUCAUGUCAAUUGUUUCAACUUUUAACAGCUCAAAUUGGAUUUAUCAUAUUUGGUAUCCUAAUACAACUUACAUUGAUUCCGUU